GAAGCCGUGUAGCACGAAAGAACAUCACUUCGGUAUCGUGUUUGCAAUGUGGCGCUUGCAGAUUGUGCCGCCUGGCGCACUCUCCCCUUAUUCAUCUAAUUAAAUCAAAUUGUCAUCGGCGAUUUCAAUCGAUUGAGUGGUGAUUCAGAAAUUGAUGGGAUCUUCAGGCCAAUGAACCAUUGACUCAAUCCAAUUCUAGAUUUAAUUCAAGUGGAUCUCAAUUCGAUUCACCGUCCAAAUCGGUCUUGGCAAUGGCCGGACCUUUAGUAAAAGGUGAUAAUAGUCAUGCAGAGUAAAGGGUUUGGUAGUUGCGGUGGGGACAGUUGUGAAAGUUAUAUAGCUGUCUUUUACUGUGUAUUCAUUUUUAUUUUAUAAUCCGCUCUGCUGUGUUGACGGGAAGCCAUAGUUGAAAACAAACUAAAAUACAAAUUUAUGCUUAGGAAAGAGAGAGACAGCUUUUUGGAGGCGCCCUCAAAUUUAUAAGCAAGCAAAGGGAAGCCGAGAAUGCUAAGAAACACACAUCUAGUCCUUCUUUUCUUCUUUCUUGCUGUAAACACAAGUGCUUAGCUCGCAUCAAAUUACUCCAUCAAUUUUCAUCUGAAUACUCACAGUUUUAAGAAAGGUUGAAUUUUCAAGUACUACCACGGGCAUGACCCUAUUGAUUUUCAGAAAGUUUUGCAAUUGAAUCAUGUUACUUGCUUUCAAAGGCUGCUUUUGCUUAAAGAGAUCUAAACAAACACGGGGAUAUGAAGAACCCACUGUUCUUGCUGCUGAAACACCUUUUACGGUUAGUGAAGUAGAGGCCUUGCAUGAGCUUUAUAAGAAAUUAAGCAAUUUAAUAAUCAAUGAUGGGCUUAUUCAUAAGGAAGAAUUUCAGCUAGCACUUUUCAGGAACAGAAAUAGAAGGAAUCUUUUUGCCGACAGGAUCUUUGAUUUAUUUGAUAUCAAGCGCAAUGGAGUAAUUGAAUUUGGAGAAUUUGUUCGAUCGUUGGGCAUCUUUCAUCCCAAUGCACCUGUGGAAGACAAGAUAGAAUUUGCUUUCAAAUUAUAUGAUCUAAGGCAAACUGGUUGUAUUGAACGAGAUGAGUUGAAGGAGAUGGUGUUGGCACUUCUGCAUGAAUCGGAGUUGGUUCUGUCUGAUGAUGUUAUCGAAAUGAUUGUAGAUAAGACUUGGAAGGAUGCAGACACAAAAGGUGAUGGAAAAAUUGAUCUGGAAGAGUGGAAGGAAUUUGUGUCAAAAAAUCCGUCUCUUUUGAAGAACAUGACUCUACCAUAUUUAAAGGAUAUAACAAUGGCAUUUCCCAGCUUCGUGCUCAGUUCUGAAGUUGAAGACUCGGAAGUCUAAGCUUUGGAAAAGGGACUAGAAAACAUGAGCUUAGACAACCUCCCUCCUCCCUCCCCGCCAACUUUGGCCAAGUUAUCAACUUCUCAACAUAUUCUUCCCAUGGGAGCAAGCUAAAAGUUAGGUACACUCGUACGUUUCAUAAGAGUGACUGAAAUUGUGGUAAGAUACUUAUAAAAUGCAUAUUUCAGAUUCUGCUUGGAAAUAAAAUGUAUAUGUCGUGUCCUCAAGGGGCAUCCCAGUGGUAAAGGCUUGGAAUCUCAAGUUCAAAUCCCAUUGGGUGGGGUAGAGGGGGGUUUAUGAAAUGGGGGAGAGCUGCACUCAUUGUGUAGCUCAUCCAAUGAAUAAAAGAAAAUGUAUAUUUUGUUAGAUAUUUAAAACUUCGAAUUCGGACCCUCAGGGCUCUCAUGUAUAAGUUUGAGUUUACAAUGCAUAGUUUGACACAGUUUGUUAUAAAAUGUUGUUUGCUGUUA